AUGGAAGCGGGCGAUUCUGUGCCCAGGCAAAGUGCUCCCCUUUCGGCCAGCAACAACCACUCCGAUUACUAUAGCCAACGUUCGAGGGAACUUCUCGACCGGCCGCCCCUGAGGCAAACUUCAUCCACGAUGGCUACCGCUGCUCUGAUCAGUCCGAGCACACACUACUCUCAUCACUCACCGUACGCUUCGGCUUACACACCACAUCCGAAUUCCGCAUCCAGUGUGCAUCCUCCGCCUCCGCAUACAAUGGUCUCUCCCGUCGACUCCGCCCGGAGAUCUGACGAUAAUGAGACACCACACCGCCAGUCUUUGCCAUCGAUCCGGGAUAUAAUUGGCAAGAGUAGCGAUGGCCCGCCGGGAGCGAACAGUUUGCCGUCUCCUUUCUCAACUCACUCUUCAGCACCCCCGCCGCCACCACCACGCUCGUACGAUGACCCGCCUCAAAUACGCGAGAAACCUCCUUCACCUAGGCAGCCCGAAAGACAAGCUAGCUACUCGCGUCCUGAGCCUCUUCCGCCAUUUCAAGAUAGCUCACGAGGUCCCCCACCACGGCCAGGUGUGCCAUCGCUGAGCAUCUUUGCUGGGGGAAACCCACCGAAGCCCAACUUGCCCGAGAUUACAGAAAGGCGACACCACCCAGGGCCGCCACCACCACCACCUGCUAUGGAAAGCCAGUCUGCUGGUCAAUAUGCUCAUCACGCCCCGCCGCCUGCACACGGCCCGCCCCAAGCUCCUCCGCCUCCGCCUUCAUCGCAUUCGCACAUGCCGCCACCAUUGUCCGCGCCGACUCCUCCAUACAGCAGCGGAUCAGCACCUCUCCCUCCGGGACAGUUACCGCUCUCUGCCUAUCCGAUUUCUCCGCGAAAUCCUGCACCACCCAUGACGUCUCCUUACAAUACGCAAAGGCCACCAAUGGGUCCCGAAGAGGCAGAGUAUGCAGCUCGAAAUCAAUUGAAGUAUAAUGGACCCCCGGGCCGCCCUUACGAGUCAUGGAGCUUUGCAGAGUCGCUCGCCAAGGUUGGCGGAUCUGCACAUGUUCUAUUGUCAUUCGCCGACAGAUAUGCGCAAAUUGCCCAAGACGAGCCAGUGCCUUCCAGGAUGCCGAGCGAUGCAGAGAUUUCUGACAUGGUCGCAAAUUGCGAGCACGUUAUGAUUGCAUUGGAAGCCUUGCGCAACCAGAGGAUGUAUCUGAGCAAUGAAUUACAUCGCGAAGGAGCUCCUAGGCCCAACCGCGGAUAUGGAGGCGAAGACGAGGACGUGAACAUGUACAACGAUGGCAUGAAGCAGAGCUACAACGUCAUGGAGACUAAGAAGCGUCGAGGGCGUGCUGCACCCCCCGGACGCUGCCAUAGUUGCAAUCGCAUGGACACCCCUGAAUGGAGGCGCGGACCUGACGGGGCGAGGACCUUGUGUAAUGCCUGCGGCCUUCACUACGCAAAACUUGAGCGAAAGAAGCAGAUGGAGCGAGGACAAGCAAGAAAGGAUGCUGCCAAGUGA